UCACAGCGCCUCUUCCCGCCCCUCGUGCCCGGCGCUGCGGCGGCGUCAGCUGACCGCGGGUCACGUGACCCACCGGCGGGUGAGCGGCGGCGGCGCCGGCGGGGAUGGAGCAGUGACGCAUCUUGCCUUUAUCCUCAGAAUCAACAAACAUCAAGAUAAAGGCACAAAAAUGACAGAGUUUUGGCUGAUUUCUGCUCCUGGGGAAAAGACCUGUCAACAGACAUGGGAGAAGCUACAUGCAGCAACUACAAAACAUAACAAUCUUUCUACUAAUUCAAAGUUCAAUAUUCCGGACUUGAAGGUUGGCACACUGGAUGUUUUGGUUGGUUUGUCAGAUGAGCUGGCUAAACUGGAUGCAUUUGUGGAGAGUGUUGUAAAGAAGGUGGCUCAGUAUAUGGCUGAUGUUCUAGAAGACAGUAAAGAUAAAGUUCAGGAGAAUCUUCUGGCUAAUGGAGUUGACUUGGUCACCUAUAUAACAAGGUUCCAAUGGGAUAUGGCCAAAUACCCAAUCAAGCAAUCCUUGAAGAAUAUUUCAGAAAUUAUUGCAAAGGGAGUAAACCAGAUUGACAAUGAUCUAAAAGCAAGAGCCUCGGCAUACAAUAAUCUGAAAGGGAAUCUUCAGAAUUUGGAAAGAAAGAAUGCGGGAAGCUUGCUAACCAGAAGUCUUGCUGAUAUUGUAAAGAAAGAGGACUUUGUACUUGAUUCAGAAUAUUUGGUCACGUUAUUAGUGAUUGUGCCGAAGUUAAAUUACAAUGACUGGGUUAAGCAGUAUGAAACGCUAGCAGAGAUGGUUGUACCACGUUCCAGCAAUGUACUCUUUGAGGACCAAGACAGCUACCUUUGUAAUGUCACCUUGUUCAGGAAGGCAGUGGACGACUUCAAGCACAAAGCCAGAGAAUAUAAAUUUAUGGUCCGUGACUUCCAGUACAAUGAAGAAGAGAUGAAAGCCGAUAAAGAAGAAAUGAAUAGACUGUCAACUGACAAGAAGAAACAGUUUGGGCCUCUGGUUCGGUGGCUGAAAGUCAAUUUCAGUGAAGCUUUUAUUGCAUGGAUUCAUGUGAAAGCAUUACGUGUUUUUGUUGAAUCUGUUUUAAGGUAUGGUUUGCCAGUUAACUUCCAGGCAAUGCUGCUUCAGCCUAAUAAGAAAACAAUGAAGAAACUGAGGGAAGUUCUGUAUGACUUAUACAAACAUCUUGACAGCAGUGCAGCAGCUAUCAUUGAUGCAACUAUGGAUAUUCCAGGUUUAAACCUCAGCCAGCAGGAGUACUACCCCUAUGUGUACUACAAGAUCGAUUGUAAUUUGCUGGAAUUCAAGUAAAAGUUCCCUAACAUGACAAUCUUCUCGGUGUUGGUGUAAACAAACAGAAGUGAGGUUGAAGUAUAGUAUACUUUAAGCAUUCUACUAAUCAUAUGCUUGCUUCUUAUGUUAGGUGAAUUGAACACACCGUGGUCCAUCUCUAGACAUUUUCUUUUUAAAGACCAGUAUAGGUAACCAGCUUUUAAUCGACUAUGUCUGUAAAUGUAUAUUGAGAGAAUUUAAGUAUUUAUAAACAGAGUGAUUUAUUUAAGGAAAAGCUUAUCCCUCUUUCAUAUGGUGGUCUGUGUUAAUUCCAUUUACUGUUGUUUAUAAAAAAACUUGUUUACAGAAGACUAGUGUAAAUGUUCAUGGCCAUUUUGUUCAUUUGAUUUAGUAGAUACAACUGUGUUAACAUUGUUGAACUGUGAUGUAAAGUAUGUAAAAUUGGUAUGAAAUUGUGCUUUCUGAAUGGUUUAAAAUUACAAUUGAUGCACUGUAAACACAGGGAAAAUAAACAUACCUGUGCAAAUGUG